AUGGAAGGUUCUCAUAAGGGUAAGGCCAUGCAAGAAGAAGAAGAGAAGGGAAAAGAGGAAGUACGGUACCGGGGUGUCCGAAGGCGGCCAUCGGGGAAGUAUUCGGCUGAGAUACGUGACCCGUCUAGACAGGUGCAGCGGCGGUGGCUUGGAACAUUUGCCACCGCAGAGGAGGCAGCUCGGGCUUAUGACAGAGCUGCCUUUGGCCUAAAAGGCCAUCUUGCCAUCUUAAAUUUCCCCAAUGAGUACUAUCCCAAACUCACAAGCCCUCCAUAUCCACCAUCCUCAUUUUCAUCGUCACCAUUAUCUUCCUCGUCAUCGUCUUCUUCAUAUGUUCCAAUUGAGAGUUUCGAGAAGGAAGGUUCAUCAAGUGGACGACCGAGGGAAGUCAUUGAGUUCGAGUACUUGGAUGACAGUGUGUUGGAGGAGCUUCUUGAAUCAUACGAAGAGAAGAAGAAAUAA